AUGGGUGCGAAUGUGCGCGCUCGGGAGGAGACGCUGUGGACGCCUCUGCAUUUAGCGGCGCAGACAGGAGGCGACGCAGGAGCCGAGAUAGCGAGGUCUCUACUUGCCAAUGGCGCCGAUGUCGACGCCCGAACCAACCGAAAGACUACAUCCUUGCAUCUUGCCGCUCAAUCCGGAGAUAAUCCGUUCAUUGAGAUUCUCCUGGCGGCAAAUGCAGAUAUAGAGGCAUCAACAUCUUCAGAGCUCACGCCCAUCUGCUCAGCCGCAGUUAACGGACAUAUCGACACGAUUGACCUCCUAUGGGAACAUGGAGCCAUAGUUGAUAUCCGAGACGAAGACGGUUGGAAUCUACUUCAUUUGGCAUGCCACAUGACGGAUAAUGUGGAGCUCAUUGAGAAAUUGAUCAGUAUCGGAGUGAGUAUGGAUGGUCUCACCAAUAGGCGCCAGACGCCAUUGUGUGUGGCGAUACAGGCUGAGCAUUUUGAAGUCUUCGAAGCGUUGUUAAAGCAUGGGGCGAAAACUGAUCUAGAAGACUAA